GUUUUGUUAAACGUAAGCAGAAACAAGUGACAGCUGCGGCUGUACAUUUUUUUGGGAAGAGACUGCUAGUAUGGCUGCUGUUAAUUUGAGGGGCGUGAAAUGGAAAAACUAAUAGAGAGAACGUUACCGCAAAAUGAACCAUCUUAUUUCGCCAGUGCACUAUGAAUCUCGAUUUGGCUCUGCCAUGCUUUUAUGAGGAAAUCAAACUAUCCGUGACAUUCCUGUUAUGAAAUGCUGCUUCCCUAAAUGUUUUGGUUUCUUUGUGUAAUACUAACGCGUAAAAAAAUGGUUUGAAACAUCUAGAUUUUAUAAAUGCAGCUUUUUAGAAAUAGUUCCAUAGUUAGAGUUUGGCGAGAGUGAUAGUCCCCGAAUUCUGCGAUAAAGGGGCGCGUUAAAACAAUGUUUUCGAGGGGACGAAAGCUGGGAAACGAUACGAUUGACGUUGCAAACAAGAGCUGUUUUAUAUACUUCGACACGUUAGCAUGCGUUCGUACAUGCCUUUUAGUGAUAUUUGCCAUACUUACUUUGCUGUUGAUACUCCUGAAACUUAUAAAAUACCAUGUACUCAGACAUCCUCAAAUUCACCACUUUGCAAUAUUCUAUAUAUCAGCAGGAGAAAUCGUAUUAUGUGCUGCUGCAGCUGCUGCCAACCUUCUUGUCCCACAACUGGAAUUUGCCGCCUACUUUUUACGGUUGCUGCAGCUAGCUGCAGUCUGUCAUCUCCACUGGUCACUGUAUGCAAGGACUCCUGUGCUUGUGCAGAAUGUUGUCAAUCCAGUCCUUUGCCUAUAUAUUCUUUACUGCACUACAGUUGCACUCAUGGGUAUGGUUGACAUAUCUGACACAUGGACACAAUGUAUGCGACCUUACUAUGUAAUGUUGUCAUCUGCGGACUUACUAAUGGUGCAACUAUUUGUUGGUGUAGCACUAUAUGUUACCAGACGUGCUGAUGGAAUAUCUUCUCUUGCCUCAUUCAAGGGCACACAAAAGCGAGAUUUAUGGAGUAUAAUUGUUGUGUAUGAGUUUUCUGCUCUGCUUACUGUUACCCACGAUGCUGUUAUGCGAUUUGUUGGUACCGAAGCUGAAGGCUGCAGUGCAUUGUUUGCUCACAGACAGAUAUUCUAUUCAAUGGUUGCAUCACUUUUAAUGCUUGUAAAGUUCCUGGUUCCUACAUGGACUUUAUUGUGUGUGUUUCAACCUGUGGAAGGAGAUACUCAUAACUCGGAGGUUGCCCUUGCAAGCCGUUAUAACACAGCGGACGGUACAUCAGAGCCUGGAUUUCAUCAGUAUCAGAGAAUGACAUCGCCACUGAGCCCACAUCUGCUACCAUUUGUAUCAGACUUUACAUCAUUAGGGAAUGGUGAACAACCACACACGGUAGUGGCUUCCCUUGGUCACAAGAAACUACCUCCAAAGGAUCGCAAGGCAUUGUCUACCAUAAGUGAGGAGUCGUAUCCUGCAUCUGCCCUUGAUAGUCCAUGUAGUCAGCGUGAUACUCUCAGCUGAAUUUGAGUAUAGCCAUUGUUGCAAAAGCUGAGAUGAUCUGAAAAACAAUUGUUCAGCUCUUCCUUGAGGAGACAUCUGGUCAAGUUUAAUUAUUUUUGGAAUAAGAGGAGCAGCAGCUGUAAGGAAAAACCCAAGCAUCAGCUGCAUUGCUGGGAGGCAUGGAAGUAACGUGUGUUAUCACCAAAACAAACAGAAUUCUUCAUUUACAUACACAUGAUGAUGUGUUAGUGCUUUAUGCUGACAGCAACAAUAAACCAGUAGUCUACCAACAAUCAGAGAAAGGAAUUGUACAAAUCUUUCCUUGUGCAUUGAGAUAACUUUGGUGUGAUCACAACCUGGUUCACUGAAUUAUUGUGAAGGAGCAAUGACAUGACUUAUGCAGAGAACUUAUUUUGAUACACUGUACUGUAAUAAUAUGCUGUUUGUUAUUAUCAUGCUGUGAUUUAUCAUAUGCAAAAAUUGUGAUAGUCAUUCUCAUAUAUUCAGAAUUUAAGUAAAUGCAAACAGUGAGGAGGUUGCCUGUAUGGAUUGAAACUAUAAUUCAUUUGCCUUUAAUCUUUUUGCAUAUUUUCUUUAACCAUUUCUUUUUAUACUUUUUGUAGGUUUGUGUGUCUUCCUUGUGUUCACCAGUGUACUCGAAACUUUAUUUUUGCGUUUCAUUCUUUUUUAUUAAAUUCUGUUUUUUUAUUAGUGGGACCACAUUCAUGAAUUUAUUGAAUUACUUCAGCAUUUUCCCUCUUAUGCUGCACAUUGAGUAAGAUCUCUUAGUUACACAACUAGCUUGGGUUUAAAAAGCCAUUUUAGAGUAUUUACCGAGAGUAAGCUGACAUACUCAUGAAAACAGCUAACUCAUUAUGUGUUAAACUAUAAAAAACAGUGUAAUUUGUAAAACAUUACAAAUGAUAACACAUUAUAUGAGUUAACUGCUUUGGGUAAACCUAAAAAAUAACAUUUUAAUUAGAAACAACUUCUGUAACUAAGAAUAAGUCUUAAUAAAUAUGUAUCCAAUGUGCAGAAGUGACAUCUUCAUUGUAUAACUCUAAAUACACAUGAAUGUUGUGUACUGACAAUUCCCAGGAUAAAUCUCAUUGAUGUCUGUUUUCGCUGAAAUUCAACUAUCCAGCCAUAUUAGUUGCUACUAACAUGAAAAUUGCUGCCAUUAAUCCCUGUUCAGUUAAUAUAUUACUUAUUUCUGCAAGUUGUCCCCCUCUGUGGAUUCAUUGGUCCUUUUCAUAAUGUGUUUUCCCUCCUCAAUGUUUAAAUAUCAUUUUAGAUGUAUAUCUCCAUGAGAGGUCUAAUGGAUGUCCCAGCAUUAUUUACCCUUCUUUUUCAUCCUAACUUCAUUUUUUGUAAUGCUUCACAUUUCUUUGAUGUUUCUCAGUUCUGUUUCAUCAACUUCCCUUUGCCUUUUUCUUAGUGAUACAAUAAGUGUUCAUAUUGUAACCUUUAUUGCUGUCACCUGUGUGAAUUUAACAUUGGGGAGCUUCUUAUAUCCAAUCCAGCUUCUGCUUGUAGCUUGUUUUUACAUGAUGCGCACAUCUUGGUGUACAACUCAAAGCUUGAACCACUAUCAUAAAUUUGAUUGAUUUGGUUCUAUUGCUAGUUCUUCUUGCCGUGUUCACGUUUAUCCUGCUAAAAGAAAUUUCAAUUUUUUAACUCUGUUAACUUGUCCUCCUCAUAAUUUUUCCUCAUGCAGUGUUUAAACAGUUAAACUGUGAAAUUUCCAUUUAAUGAGGUGAUGUUUUGUAGCAGCAAAUUGACAACAAAACACUGUUGAUACAAUAGCUUACAAUUUACACAGGAGACAUAUUUUUGAUGCAUUUGAGCAGUGCUGGUUAGUGUUGCUCCCAGUAGCCCAGCCUUCCUACUCUUCUUCUCCCUCAUUAUUUUCUCAUUGCUGUUGCUCUUUGUGUUGUUUGGCCUAUACAUUCCACCUGUAUUUUCUACAUUUAAAGGAUAAUCAUAGUUUUUUUUUUUCAUUGCUCACUGUUUUUGUUGUACUAUUUUGUCUCGUGAGGCUAAAAUUUCCUGUCGGUAAGCUCUUGUUAAGUGUGUUUAUAUAUGUCUAUGAUUCUCCUGAUAGCUGAUCUAUCAAAUAUAAACUUUUGAUUUGUGAUUUACAUACUAGUUAGAUAUGCAUCAGGUCUUCUUCAUAUUUCUACUUAAGGCUGUCUUGCUCUUUUAUCACUGGUACCCCCCAUUUGAUUAUUACUUCACUUCCUCCUCGUUUUCCUCCAUAUCCAUAUUUUCAUCACUUAGUUUUGAAAACAUUUUUGCACUGUUUCUGAUAUUGACAUUUGUGUGGACAGAAAUCAAUCUCUCUAUUCUGUUGAGGAUUGCAUGGGAAAUACCAGAUCUCCUAGACCAGUGUUAAAGUUUUCAUAGUGUUAAGUUUGCUGACUCGAAGUUUUCAGGCAGACAUCUCACAUGAAUACUUCAGACUAAAAGCACAUUUUUACUCCUUUGAGACACAUUUUGUUAGAGUUGACAGUCAGCAUUUGGUUAACAUAUUAAAUAGGGAAGUUUUAGAUAUGUAGACACGGAUAUUACAUCUUUACUAUUUCAGUAGAUUUUUGAUGUCAAGCAAUAGUACUGACAUUAUUAGUAAGUAUCUUCGCAAUUUUUAGUUCAUAAAUGCAAAGUGUCCCUCUUUCCAAUUAUUAAAGAUUAAUUGAAUAUAUUUUAUUUAUUUUCAAAUUUCACGGAUCCUUGACACAACUGCAUUGCUAGGAUGUAGAAUGUGUCAGAUUGUUACAAUAAUAACCAUACAUAAAUGGUCAUGACACACACUUCUCAUUCUCCAAAUAAAUAGUGGAAAGAACAAAAAACAUUUUCUUUUUAAAGUUUUGGAAUUUUCAUACUCAUGUGCAUCCACAUUUACUACUAAAAUGAGUAUUUGUUUCAUCAGUUUUUACCUUUCGACACUGAAAAGUUUAUUGACACUUUCAUGUAGAAGAGCCCAGUUUUGUGAAUUCUUGCAUUUAAUACAUAUAUUUUUGAUGAAAGUGUUCAAAUAUUUAGAAUUUUUUGCAGUUUUUUACUCAUUGAUAACUUUUUCACAAAAGUUUACAACACAGUGUAUGCAAUCUAUUUUGUAAAAUACACAAAAUAUCUUUAUAUUACUCUUAACUCUCAUGACUAAGAUAGGUAACUACCAAGUUACCCUAAAAUGACUCUAGUAUUUUUUGCAAAUUCUUUAUGGCUAUCUGUUUAUCUGUCUUUCAUAAAUGAAAUGUGACAGAUAUUUUCCAUUUCAAGGUUAUAUGUUGACUUAAGUUUUUCCUAUGAUGGCCUUUAUUUCAUAAUAAUUGUAGGAUCUUUGUCUCUAAUCCACAUGUCUUAUUUUCUAAUAAUAUUCUCAUUUCUUUAGUGGUGCGUGCAUUUAUGCACAUUCCAUGGGCAACUACUUAUAUUAAAACAUCUGAAAAAGAAUUCUUAAGUCUAAUGCCGGGUGCCAGAAAUUACACAUACAUACCAGUUCCUAGUAUUUUCUCUUUGCUACAUUUUAGCUUUCAGGACAUAUGAUUGUUUUUUCUUUUGGUGCCUUUACAAAUACUUUUGUUUAUGAAUUUGAGUGCUCUGCUCCUGCAGUAUAAAUUGUCUUUCCUUUUUUAGUAGUGUAAUGUGGGACUUUAUGUUUCCAUAUAAUAUAUUUUGUCAUUUUUAUGCAAAAGAUUUGACAUGUUAGGUAUGCAUCUACAUACAGUGUUCAUGGGUUUGUUGUUGUGGUAUUAUCCUCCUCUUCUAAAAUGCUCAUGAUAGUGAUAGCCCAGCUGCAUAAUCACAUUUCCAUUGCAGGCAGCUCUUUCCUUUUAUGUUUGAAUUUUUUAAAUAUUCAUAGCAUUAUGUUUAAUUUAUUCUCUUUUCUUAAAUCACACUCAUAUUUUUGGUGUUACACUUAGGUGUGUGUAUGUUAUACACACUGAAAUAUCCACUACUGUGUGGUGUAAUUUGUGCAAUCACUUCAUGAAAUGAGAUCUGUUUUUAGUGCCAAAACAAAUUUUUCAAAUACAGUGGUUAAUGGAAGUUUAGGAAAAUGGACAAGUUUCACUAACCUUUUAGCAUGUACUUGUGAAGUCACUUCUCUUCCCCACAACACAGUCAGGUUUUUGAGAACUUACAGUUUUGCAAGCAUACAGUCAAAUGGCAGGUGCAUUAAUCUCGACACAAAUUUAUUAAAAGAUCUUCAGAUAGAGCCUACAAUUUGUUUGUGGUCCAUAUAAAUGAUGAUAAAUUGUGAAAUUGACUGACAAUCUGUUACAACAGUCAUCAGUUAUCUACACCUGUUACACUUAAAAAAUAAAAUAUAAACUAAAUAAAAACAAAACUGAGAUUCAGUAGUCAAUGGGACACCAUUUUGAGACACCAAAGAUAUGGUAAAUUUUUAAAUAUUUAUAUAUUUGUGGAGUAAUUGUGUUGUGAAAUUUAAAAGUGAAUGUUAAAUAAAUAAUGUAACAGACAGACAAAGUUUGGCUGUCUUGUUAUUGUGAUCAUGAAUUUGAAUAACUUCUUCACGAUGCUGUGUUUUAAUCAUUUUAAUCAGUGUCUUGUCCACAGUAGAAAAAAAAAGAAAGGAAAAAAUAUCACAUGCAUUUCUAGUCCAUUAGAAAAACUACUAUGCCCUGCCCCUUCCCGCCUUGAAGCUGCUUUUUUCUCUCAAAACUCACUGUGGGUAGUCUCAGUUGUCUAGUUUUUCUAAUUAUGAAGAUUUUAAAUACUGUUAGCAGUAGCAGGAAAUGAGGAGAGUGAGUUUUUAUGUGCGGUAUGUGGUAGAACUCUUCUUGAGCCUUUUAAUAUAUGCAUCUGAUAUUCUACAAAGUUUCAGUAGAUGUUCUAAAAUGUGAUAUUGUCUUUGACUUUAUUCUGAUGUAUGUCCAAGAAUAAUAUUGUAGAUCUUCUUUUGAUGUGUACAUAUUUGAAUUUUUAUACAAUAGAUCUUAGAGACUGAUAGUCUGCAAUUUAUUUAAUGCAGCAUCGGUUGUGUAAUCAGCUCAGUUGUUUAAAUAUUUUGUCUUCCAUGUUUUCUAUAGAAAUUUUGAAAGUACAUUGUCUUAAUUUUGAUUUUGUGUGUCGUAGGUGAGUACUCAUCUGAAUUAUAUAUUACCAUCUCAGUCUUCCUUGGAAAUGAAUUGCAAAACCUUGUGAUUUUGAUACCCAAUGUUCACAUGAUUCAAAAUAUGUAGGUGAAUUAUUUUAAACACAUAAUUAUUUUUGUUAUGAAUUUUCUUGAAGGUCUUGCUGCAGAAUUUCGAAACCCAUUUUUUGUUAAUUACUGAUGAUUAAAUUUAUUUGUAGAGUUUCAGAAAUAAAUGUAUCAGAUGCUUCACUAAAUACCUUGGGAUUUAACUUUGAAGAUCAUAUUGUGUGAGUCAUGUGUUAAAAAAAAAAGACAGGUUUUCAAAAAUACUGGUCACAGAUAUAUAAUUUACAUUGUAUGCCUGAUAUGCAUUUUGUGUAGAAUACUUACUGGUGUAUUUGAUGUGUUUAUAGUACAAAUACUAUAUAUUAGGUUGUGACAGAUCUUAACGUGUAAAUGAGCUUGAUUUAUUGUAUUUUGAAACUAUAAUCAAUGCAUGUGAUAUAAAGCAAUAUGUUUCUUCCUUUUUUAAGAUUACACGAAAUGCUCAUUCUCUGUUUUAAAAUGUGAUAAAGAAGACUAAUUUUUUUGUAUCAAUGAUUAGUGUGAUUUGAUUGGUUAUUAAGAAAUAUAAAGCAUUUAAUAUAGUAGAAUCAGUGUUUAUUCUUGAGAAUUGAAUCCCAAUAAAUAAUAAUAUAAUGUCAGCCAACUUUCGUG